UAUUGCAGCUUUAAAUGCAUGAGGUUUGUUGUUGUAACUUGGCAAAAUGUAUGUACAAAUUCUUACAUACAAUGUAGGCCCGAGGAAUGUGUAAAGUAACAAAAUAAUCCUAAAUAGUUUUCAAUCUAAGUGAGUUUCAAUCCCCCACAAAAAAAUUGAUGAUGUGUAGGGUGACCAAUAGGUAAAAUAUGUUAAUUGGGUAGAUCGUCCUCUAAGAAAACCAAUGGUCCAAACAUCAUGUCUCUAUCAUAAUCCGAUCAAAAGUUAUUGGAGUUUUUACCCUUGUAGGAUGGCCAUAGGCUGACUAAAUCAAUGGAGACAGAGAAAAAGAUGUGGUCAAAAAAAUGUGGUCAAAAAUCAGGAAAAUUACAUCACGUCAGCUAGGCAGGAUACUGUGCAAGAAUGAAGGCUACUGGCUACCUGACAGGCUCACUUUCCUGUUGAACUCAUCAACUUUCUUCUCAAAUUCGCAGGACAUAAAACAAUAUAGAGGUAAGAUGGAUAUCGAUUUUGAGACAUGACAUGAAGUAUUUUCAUAUUUUAGUAUACGUUUUUCAUAAAAAUCGAAAUUCCUGUUAUUUUUCGAAGAUUUCUCACAAAAACAAGCAUAUCUCUGUGAAAUGUCGACGGAGCACUGAGCAUAUACCAAGCUUUUUCUUUUCAAAUCCUUUUGCAUUUAAUUCAGAUCUUGUCAUGCUAAUUUUGCUUUUUGCGACCCGGGCAAAUAACUUUGAAGAGGCAACCACAAAAUGUAAAAUCCUCAAAAGUUGUUACAGAAACCACUGCUAUAUCAACAGAGCUUGGUGCUUAUCAGAUGCAUUAGGUUAUGAAAUCCGACUUUUUGGAUAUAAUACUAAUGAUAUGUUAGAGAAAGACACUACUGAACGAUUCAGAACAUGAAUAAUAAUAUUUUUCUUGGAAGACGUAUUUUAUAACAUAAGGAAGUGACAUUUCAUCACCAAAGCGUGUUUUCACCCACUCUGUGCAGAUGUGUGUGGAUAUCUCCCAAUUACUUUAAUAUAUAUUUGGGAAGAAACUCGGUUGAUUUCCAGUCCUUCAGGCAAACUUUCAACAAACUGUAAAAUGUUCAGCAAAAGUCGUUGCAUAUAGGCUAAUUGCUAUUCGCAAACAUUGCGCAUAAACAGCCUAACAAUUUAGCGAAUUCAGUGUCAUCAUAGGCCUGUGGAAUAGCCUAAGUCAUUGUCAGAAUAUACGUAAUAGGAUACCCAAAAUCGGUGCAGAUGUGCAAUGGAUUUUAAAUGGUUAUGUCAAUUAUGGUAGCCUAUGUCUAAUUUAAUUAAAUCAGUGAGUUGAACCAAUGGGCAUGGAAAGAGCUGUAGCUUAUUCCAUGGAUCCCCAAAAGCUCCUCCCCUGACGCUUGCCAUGAGUUGGGUGUGUGAAGAAGGCGAUCAUAUAAGAGCCUUUGAACAAUUCGUGAGCAGAUCAUAAUCGUAUACUGUGAGUAAAUCCGUAGGUGCAACUGAGAAGGUCAACGUUGGUUAGCAGAGGAGAAGAGGGACUGACACAGAGGACUCAUACCAGGGCGCAGUGGUGUAGCGUCUUGGUGGUUGUGAUUGUAGCCUAUUUUUGGAUCCUUUAAUUCUGUAGUGUUUGCUAUUUCAAAAAUAAUGCAGCUAGAGAAUAUUCUUCCCAGCGCAUCAACCAUCAACUUACCCAAGACUUUUUAUAACCUCACAUCAUCAGAUAGUGCAAACAAUAGCCCGGGGCCAUCGCAGAUCGAAUAUCAAGUUGACCGGACGGAAUCCGAACCAAGUAACGGUCCCAAUAAAUAUUUGAGCGGAGUGGGGAACGCCAUGAUGGGUGAGGGAGAGGGCGACGCCUUCACCGGGACUAAAGCUGCCCCAGACGGAAGAAAAGGCUCACCGAUCCUCGGUGAGGAUGACCUGUCCACUGGCCGGCGGUACAACAUAGACGAACUUGGCUCUGAUAGAUACUUCAUCUCGUCCUCUCAGACGAGCUCCGAUGUGGCAAAUCAGUGUUCCCUCUUUCCAUACGCAGGACAAACUGGGACAGUGUACAGCGGGUCAAAUGGAUCCAGGUAUUCCUCCCUUCAUUACGGAUCGGUCCUGCCACCGACGGGGUUUUCAUCCUCCGUGUGCACUAGCCGGAGUCAGUUUGGCAGUAGUUACCAGUUCGGCCAGGGUCCAGGUUGCCUGUACCCCUCCUAUCCGGGAACGGGUUCAUGUAUUGGUUCCAUGGCUCUCCCGGGGUCCACACCGGGAGCGAGGGCUCAAGUUUAUCUCUGCAACCGGCCCCUGUGGCUGAAGUUUCACCGAUUCCAGACCGAGAUGAUCAUCACGAAACAGGGCAGGCGGAUGUUUCCAUUUCUCAGUUUCAACAUCACUGGACUGAAUUUGACGGCGCAUUAUAACGUGUUUGUUGAGGUCGUGUUGGCCGAUCCAAAUCACUGGCGAUUUCAAGGAGGAAAGUGGGUUACUUGUGGGAAAGCAGACAACAACAUGCAAGGUAACAAGAUGUAUGUUCAUCCUGAAUCCCCAAACACUGGUGCUCACUGGAUGCGGCAAGAGAUCUCCUUCGGCAAACUGAAGCUGACCAACAACAAAGGGGCAAACAAUAACAACACACAGAUGAUUGUCUUGCAGUCACUGCACAAAUACCAGCCUCGGCUGCACAUGGUGGAGGUCACAGAAGAGGGAGUGGAGGACGUAGGCAGUGAGGCUAAAACACAGACUUUUACCUUCCCAGAGAACCAGUUCAUCGCAGUCACUGCCUACCAGAACACAGACAUCACACAGCUUAAAAUCGACCACAACCCCUUUGCUAAAGGCUUCAGAGACAAUUAUGACUCGAUGUACACAGCCCCAGAGGGUGACAGGCUGACCCCCUCCCCGACAGCCUCCCCUCGCUCUCACCAGAUUGUGCCGGGUGCCCGCUAUGCCAUGCAGCCCUUCUUCCAGGACCAGUUCGUCAACAACCUGCCCCAGAACCGCUUCUACCCCGGGGAGCGGGCUGUGCCCCAGACCAACAGUCUCCUCUCCCCCCAGGCCGAGGACGCCGGGGCCAGCGCGGCUCAGCGCUGGUUCGUCACCCCGGUACAGCAGUCAGGCUCCAACAAGCUGGACCUGUCCUACGACCAGGACUACUCAGCCAGCAGUCUGCUGUCCUAUGGCAUCAAGCCCCUGCCCCUCCAGACCUCCCACGCCCUCAGCUACUACCCCGACUCGGCCUUCGCUUCAAUGGCGGCCAGCUGGGGCACCAGAAGCACUUACCAGAGGAAGAUGACCACAGGCCUGCCCUGGUCCCCUCGGCCCAGCCCCCCAGCCUUCACAGACGACCAACUGGCUGCUAGCAAAGACAAGCUGCCCGAGGAGAGCACCGCAGCCUCCACCUGGAUCGAGACGUCCCACUCACUAAAAUCUGUGGAUUCUACCGAUUCGGGCGUAUACUCCAUGCUCUGCAAGAGACGCCGGAUGUCACCUGGUGGGUCGAGCACAGAGAACUCGCCCACCAUCAAGUGUGAGGACUUGACCACAACGGAAGAGUUCAACAAAGACAACCCCAAAGGCAUGGGCUACUAUGCUUUCUACACAAGCCCCUAAAAAGACUUUAUUAAAAUCGUAUAAUUUUUGUUUUUAAUUCAGUGCUCCCCUUUACCGUUUAAACACCCUUUAUUAACUUUUAUCUAAAGGUGCCAAAGCUUUGUGCUCCCAAGCAAGCUGCACAAGCCCCCCACCCCCAAUACCUGAACACACACAUGCAUUGUGACAAAUUGUUGUUUUUAAAGCAUGUCCCCAGUUAAUUUAAUUUUUUACAAAUGUGAUUUUAUUUAAAGUCAUUUCGUUGUACAGUAUUUGUGCACUUUAGUAUGUGAUGUAUCUUGUACAAAUUGUCUUCAUGGAGGUGUUAUGAAAUGGGUAAUAAAAACAAGAUUUUCAUAAACAAUCGUC